UCUAUCGUAUGAUAUAUCAUUCAUGAAUUCAAUUAGAGUCGCCAAUCAGACCAAUAAGACAGACAGAUUUCAAGUGAGUUUCAACGGCCUGUAUUUACUAAAUAUGUACAUAAUUAUUCUUACAGGAAGCUACGGAAAGAUUUUACCACUCGACUAGAUCUGCGAUCUCUGAUAGGCCAAAAUGGACGCGUGCCAAAGGAUAAAACAUUCUUAAUCAGAAUUUGUUACAAAGUUUGGACAGCCAACACAAGGCGAAAGACUUAGCAACACAUGCUUGUUUAAAUUGAAUGUAAAUCAUACAAACGUGGAAUAUUCAUUUGUGACUGACUAGAGCAUCUCCUGUAUAUCAACAGCGAACAAAUAUUAGAAUAAGCAGUGUUUGAUAAAACAUUAUCCAAAAUGCUUCGAAAUUUCAACGUUAUUUGGUGCUUCUGCUUUAUUGCUGUGAAACUUUCGACAGCAAACAUUGUUACUCAAUGUGGAAUACCGAAGUGUCUUUACAGACAAGUUAAGUCUACAUCAUUCAGUGUUAUGGAAGUGAACAAUCAGCCACUGAAGACAAACAUUGUAGGAAUUUCUUUGAUGCCUCCAUCAUCAGAUGAGUGCUAUCUGAACGCAGCUGAUGUGUUAGAUAGUUACCAUUUUAACGGAAACAGGGCAGUUGCUGUCUUGAUCAUGCGAUGUGCUGCAAACUACACUAUUCAUUUUAAUCCAGACGCCAGACCAACUAUACCAAAUGCGGUUUUUCAUGUGCAAGUAGAAAACUGUCUUUUGACAACAGAUAGCUUGAACACACUUAGUAACCGCGCCAGUUUUAACCACGUGUCUUUCAUCAAUACAUAUCCACUUCAAAAGUAUUCUUAUUGUGAUGGUUCAAAAUUGCUAAAUUCUAACUGCAGAUAUCUCAAGUCCGCCAACGCCAUAGGGAUUAUUUUGCCUGAAAAACAUAAUGCAGUCAAUUUUUCUGAAAUGUUUCAAUGUAAUGAAACAUUUCCAAAUGUUAAAGAGUUGCAAUUUAGACGUUUUGACUUAAAUCAACAUCUUUCUCAUCUUAAGUAUAAGUUUCCAAACCUACAAGAUCUACAAAUAUCCGAUUCCUUUUUGAAGACUUCGCCUAAUUUUCCAUGGAAUAAUAAACGAAUGUACUUUGAAAACAACAAGUCGCUAUCUGAAACUGGUUUGUACGAUUCUGCUACAAGAUACAAUGUCAUCAUACAGCCAAACAUGCGAAAGCGGGUUCUUAAUUUAAAUUCAAACGAUAUAGAAACGCUUGUAGGAUUCAGAUUUGAGGGAUACUUGGACAUGUUGAAACUAUCAGGGAAUGGUCUGUCCUCCUUCAGUUCAUUCACGUUUUCUGGUUUGCUAGGUCUCCAGCAUCUUGACCUGAGUGUGAAUUACCUUUCAAAACUUCCCACUGAUGGGUUCCGUGGUUUAACCGCCCUCCGACACAUGAAUUUACACGCGAAUCUCUUGUCUGUGGUUUCUGAUGACAUGUUUUAUUAUAAUACGGAACUCGUUUACCUUGACCUCUCCAACAACAGCAUAUCAAUGAUUGGACCCCACGCCUUCUCAAGACUUCACCACCUUCAAGAACUUAGACUGGAGUAUAACAACAUAGUAACUCUCAGUUAUUCUAUGUUUCCAGCUUUCUCGGUUUCUUUCAGGUCCUUGAUUUUGGACGGUAACCCACUGAGCAAAUUUCCGGAUGCUGUUCUGUAUUUCAAAACGCUGCAAGAAGUUAGUUUAAGAUAUACCAGCAUUGAUUUUCAAAAUUUUACACAGAUGCUUCUGGAUUUGAAUUUCUCUUUGCUUGCUGAAGGUAACGCACAAAGCUCGACCACAACAGAGACCGACCUGCUCAAAUCGUCUCCAAGGAGGCUGAAAAGGAUCGAUUUAACAGGAAGCAAAAUUAACAACCUCCAUCUAAAAUAUUUCGGAACUAGUCUUUCAACACGGUUAAAUGCUCGGAUGAAAAAGCUUAAGCUACUGAUUUUGCUAAAAUAUUUCCAAUUCAUUUUGACCGACAAUCCCAUUCAUUGUGACUGUCGAAUCAACCAUUUCACUAGAUUUGUUAAAAGAAUGCUUGCUGAUGGCCUUCUGAGGGGAAACGAGUAUUUCUUCAAUGACUGGAAAUGUUCAUCUCCGGCUGAAUUCCGAUACAAGCCAGUUUUCCAGGUGCCCGAGUCGGAUACGUAUUGUAAAAUAGACAUUCCAAAAUGCCCAGCUACCUGUUCCUGCUAUGAAAGGUCUGUCAGUGGAAUAACGAUCGUAGACUGUCGGAAUCGCGGACUUACAGACUUUCCGGAACAGCUACCAGAUGGAAUUCUGGAUCUUUGGUUUCAAAACAAUAACAUUACAAACGUCACACGCACUUCCUAUCUAUCAAGAACAAGACAACUUUUAUUAAGUGGGAACAAACAUUUGAAAGUGAGCCCCGAGGUUAUCAGAGGGUUCGACAUUCUUAAAUUGGCGACAUGAUAAGUAUUGCACAACAUCAUAUUUUUAUAUGUAUUAUUUUCGAAAAAAAAAAUACACACGGGUAUGACACUGAUUGUUGUUCUAUAUACUGAUGAUGUUUAUUUAUUUGAAUCUUCAGGAAGCUAAUGAUCCUAGUUCUGUAUCUAAUGACCAGCUGCAUGCAUAUGUAGAAGAAUAAGUUUAUAUAUGUGCAAGUCACAUAUAUUUCUAUACUCAGGGCAAAAUGUAAUUGAACUUGGGCAUUUCUAUGCGUCUUUUUUUUUUUGCUAUUAAUAUGUGAUUUUUAUAUCCAUGAUUUUAUGUUAUUUAUAUUGUCAAGUAUAUAAUGCAUGUUUUUUUUCGUUUCUAUGUAAUAAAAAUUAUUUUAUUGAAUUAUUUGAAUUUUUCAUUUGUGUCCAACUACGGUGAAAUUUUAAUUAAUUAGUUCAAACAAAUAAUUUACUUUUCGUAGUCCAAAGCUAUUUUGCUACAAUCAAUAAAAGAUAUUUGUUAUCAUUAAAGCAUCUAUUCUCUGUCCCAGGUUUUUCUUUUUUUUUCAUAAUUUGACAAUUUAAAAAUAAUUC